UUUAACAACUAUACCUCACUAAUAAUAAGCAGUAAUUAGGAGUUUAUUGAGGCAAAUGUCGCAGUUAAUAGUUAGUUGAUAGUGAGAAUUGGACCCUAAAGUGAUCUAAAGUGUGACCAAAAAAUUUAUGUGAUUUGAAAAAGUGGUUUAAAUAUGAUAAUCAAUGAUGAUGUGGCGAUGUUGUCUAUACAGUAUACAAACAUAUUGCAGUAUCAAAAAUGUUUAUCUCAAUGACAAAAUAAUUAUUUACUGUAGCUGUUUCCCUUUUUUUCAUACUGCAUGAAAACAGAUCGUUGUAUCAGAAUAUCAAGUCUAUUGUGCCCUGUCUUUGGUGAAAUACCAAACAUCACAAAACAUUCAGACCCAUUGUAAUUUUGUUCCUCAUAUUUAAAUGUAUUUACAUUUUUAUUGUGUAAGGAAUGUAUAAAAAUUAUCCUUUCUUUUGCAAGACUCUUUAUAUGUCUGUCUGUUGUCUCUCUAUAUGUCUGUCUAUAUCCAAAUGUUGAUUUGGAUAUAGUAGUAAUAAUUUUUCAAAGGUUGUCCAUAGAUUACAAGGAUUUUCAAAGCAGAGGAAGUUUAGAAUCGAAUUGAGAGGUAGGGAAUAAAGUAAACAAUGAGCUGACAGACUAUCAAUUUCAUAUCACUUCAUCACACUCAUACUAAAUUCACAGGAUGAUUAUGUUAAUAUAAUAUCAUUUUCUCUGUUUUUUUUUAAUAUAUCUUUUGUUUUUUUGUUGCUGUCAUCUUUCACACAUUUUGAUAAUUUGAUGACACACAUAUUAAACUGUUAAUCCAAUGAUUAAUGAAAACCCCAUGCAGUAGUUCAAAGUUAUGAACACAUAUGUAGUGUUGUAUGUGAAUGUAGUAUACUAUAGUGACUGUAGGGAUGCUUGAGCAGUACUGUAGCACACAAGGGCAGUAUGUAAUGCGCAUUGAAGCUGAUGCAACAGGUUCUUGUGCAAGAUAUAAAAUUGUAAGAAAAACAAAGCAUUGUUCUUAAGGUCAUUAUCAAGCUACGGGACAAACUGUAAUAAAUAUACAAUAUAAAUGAACAAUGAUUUUGGUAUAUGAUACCUUUAUGAAAUGAUGAAACUAAAUACUUACGAUAUGAACAAAAAUGACUUCCCCUGGCAAACAAUAUCAACCUUCUCUUUUCAUCAAAACACUGCAUAUUAAAAACACCCCCUUCCCUACCACCACCACCAACCAACUCCCCUUUAUAAGAAAUGGAGUUACUGCAUAUGUUCAGACAACAAGACAUUUACUUCACAACACAGGCCUUUCAACAUGAAGUUUUUCUUAGGACUCCUUCUCACCUCUUCAUUCCUCCACUCAGGUAUACAUUCGCUUUACUGAAUAUAAUUAAAAGUUUUGUUUUAAUGAGUAUUGAAUAUUACACCAUUUCUUCUUUAAAUGUCACACUAAUUUAUUGUUUUUAUGAAUUGUUUUUAUGUUUUUAUUAUUGUUUUUGAAUAACAGUUCACAUGCUGCAGUGCUUUUUGUGUGACUCUUCAUUCUGUGAGAAGCCAUUUUUAACAACCUGUCGCUCAAAUCAGUAUUGUGCCACCAUGAGGACUGAUGGAAAAUUUUCAGGUAUUACUUUUACAGUAGUAGAGAGGUUUUGCAUAUUGGAUGCUGUUUGUGCAUUGCUGAAUGCAAAUGGCACAACAUUCAUUGCUUCUGUUGGUGUUGGGCAGACAAGUGUAACUUCAACCAUCUCCUGCUGCAACACUGAUGGAUGUAACAGGAAUAAUUUUGAUGCACCAAACAAAACCCCAAAUGGACUGAAGUGUAAAUCAUGCCGCAACUUUUAUGAUGAACAGUGUGAUUCUGAUAUGGUCUGUGUGGGUGAUCAGGACCGCUGUCUUAACGACACAGCUUCUUUGUUGCCUUAUGAUUAUGGGUUUGGAAACAAUACCUUGAAAGGCUGUAUCUCAAGAACUUUUUGUCAGCCUUCAUACUUUGGAAAUGUGACCUGCUGUGAAGGGAGCUUCUGCAACAAGGGUGUCUCUUGGUUGAGUGAGAUCAACUUCAGUCUCCAACUUCUGAGCCUUAUUUCUAUAGUUUUGUUGAUGUAGGAUAACUUAAAUGCUCCAAAUAUCAGAUAAACACAUGGCUCCAUAUAGUUGGAUUUUAACUUGCUAUCCAUUUCUGCAAUCUUUUGUUACUCAAGGCUGAAGUGCACUACAUGAUAUACUACAUAUAUAUAUUAUUCAGCAAGAAUGCAUCAAAUUGAUUAAAAGGGACAGAAAAGAUAAUUAUAAUGUUUAUAAUAUUUCUAUUUUAAAAACAUUUUAUUUCUAACUUUAUGUUUAUCAAAGAAUCCAGCAGAACUACAACAGAAAUGUUUCUUGAGCACCAAAUCAGCAUAUUAGAAUGAUUU